AAACAUAUUGGAUAUGUUGCUGGAUUAACCCGCUAUGAGAAUAAUAUAUGGGUUUAAGUUAUAGUGUUAAUAUUAUUCUCAUGCGACCAUUAGUAUAACUAUCCUUCAACUUGAAGUCAUUACAUUCUUUGGUGAAAUCAUGUUUAAAAUCCCUCGUAAUAUUAAGUUUGUGCCUUCCGAUGCUGACUCACUCGUCGAUACCAGUUUCGACCAGUCAACGGACACGCCAAAGCGGGACGCCUGGUUUACAUUGAUGUCUAAUAACAACCAUAACCUCACUCUUCGCUUGAUCCAUGACAAAGAUAAGUUGACCGGCUCUAACUUCUUAGACUGGGAAAGAAACCUCGUUAUCGUUCUUCGACUCGAGAAGAAAGAAUAUGUGCUCGAACGAGCCAUCCCACCUGUCCCGGCUGCCAAUGCUUCUAGAGCAAUCAAGGAUACUUAUGAGAAGCAUGUUAAUGAUGACAAUGAGGUGGCAUAUCUCAUGUUGGCUAUGAUGACUUGUGACCUUCAGAAACAUCACGAGAGUAUGAAGGCAUAUGAUAUGAUCAUACACCUAAGACAUCUCUACCAAGGACAAACUAGGCAUGAGAGAUUCCAAAUUUCUAAAGCUCUCUUUAGUUGCAAGUUGUCAGUUGGGAACCCCGUUGGUCCGCAUGUUCUCAAGAUGAUUGGCUACAUCCAAACUCUUGAGAAAUUGGGUUUUGAACUAAGGACUAAACUUGCAACUGAUCUAAUUCUGCAAUCGUUGCCAGAGUUGUACAAGCAGUUUGUGGUUAAAUACGAGAUGCAUGAACUCGAUAAACCACUGCCAGAACUCUUGAAGAUGCUGUAAACUGCCGAAGAGAGCUUGUCGAAAGGAAAGAGGAAUUCUGUCCUUCUAGUUCAAGGAGGAAAAGGCAAGAAGAAGUUCAAGAAAGCAAAAAAGAAUGG